UGCGUUAUAACUACUUUCCUUAUUAUAGGAAAAUUGCAUACAUCAUUCCAGUUUAGUUCACAUCAGUCUUUUAAAAGAACUAAAAUGUAUAGGUUAAUAAUACUUUUUGGUUUGAUCAAUGCUAGUUUUGCGGCAAAACCAAUUGUUGUAGGUACUUGGGUCUUUUCUUUAGGAGGGACACAAUCGGCUUGGAAUGAUUUGAAAAAUGGAGCUGACGGUGUCGAUUCCUUAGUUAGCGGUUGUUCAUAUUGCGAACAAGGAAAUUGCGGAUUAACUGUAGGUUUUGGAGGAAGUCCCGACGAAUCUGGGGAAACAACUUUGGAUGCUUUGAUUUAUGAUGGAAAAACCAUGGAUGUUGGUGCUGUUGCUGAUUUGAGACGUGUUAAAAACGCUGUUGGUGUCGCAAAGCACGUUUUGCAACACACCAAGCAUUCUAUUUUGGCUGGCGAUCAAGCCACUGAAUUUGCAAAACAAAUGGGAUUUACAGAAGAAUCAUUAUCGACGAACGUUUCAACGGAUAUGUGGGAAACUUGGAGGAAUGGAAAUUGCCAACCUAAUUAUUGGAAGAAUGUUGAUCCCGAUCCAACACAAUAUUGCGGCCCAUAUACUCCUUUAAAUAGAAAUAACAUUCGUUUUCAUAACAUAGUAUCAGAUUCUGAAAUCGAUAUACAUUUAACUCAUGAUACUAUAGGAAUGGUUGUUAUUGACAACGAUGAUAAUAUUGUAGCGGGAACUUCAACGAACGGUUUAAGACAUAAAAUCGCUGGACGCGUUGGUGAUUCUCCCAUAGCGGGAUCUGGAGCUUAUGCAGAUAAUGAAGUUGGCGGAGCUUGCGCGACAGGAGAUGGAGAUACUAUGUUAAGAUUUGUACCGAGUUUUUUAGCAGUCGAAGAAAUGCGUAACGGGAAAACACCAAAAGAAGCCGCCGACGAAGCCAUCGCAAGAAUUUCAAAGCAUUACCCAAACUUUUCAGGUGCUGUCAUUGCUGUCAACAAAAACGGCGAAGUCGGAGCUGCUUGUAACUACAUGGUUGAGUUUCCUUACACUGUUAUGACAGAUGAUUACAGCGAACCACAAAUAUUGACGGUACCGUGCACUAAUACUCCUAGAGAGUUUAAGGGAAAAUAUUGUGCGGGUAAUGCUAAAUAAUGUAACAUUGUUAUUAAAUGUUUUAUUACAAAUAAAAUUUUUAAAUCUGUUUAAUCGUUGCUGAA